GCCCGGGAGAACCCAACCAGGGGGCGGGGAGGGGCGGGAGGCGGGCAACGUGGCCACCAGGAGGAAGUUUCCUGAAGUUGUCCUCUGAUUCGGGAGCUCAUCCAGCGACCAGGCCGGAUCGCAGGGGUCGCCCUGCCUAUGAGACGUAGUCUGAGUCGGGGUGCUAAGGGAUACAGGCACCCCGAAUUUGAGAGGAGGCUUGGCCUCUUUCUGCUCUCCCCCUCGCUUUACGGAAUAGCCAGCGCAGAAAGAGGGGAAAGCAUUUGGGGUCGCCGGUGCGGCCCCUACGGGCAUAGCGUCCAGGACUUGACCACACAGUCUCCCGGGACUCCAAAGGAUUAUAAAGCAACUCGCAAAGAGGGGGCACUUUAGAGGACCCCUCGGUCAGCAUGUUCAGCAGCAUGUGGAGGCUGCCGCUCUGGACUCUACUGGCCCUGCAUCGGAUCCACUCGGCCGGGGCCCAAGAUGAUGUACCGCCAUACUUCAAGACGGAGCCAGUGCGCACACAAGUGCAUCUGGAAGGGAACCGCCUGGUGCUCACCUGCAUGGCUGAAGGCAGCUGGCCGCUGGAGUUCAAGUGGCUACACAACAAUCGGGAGCUGACCCGGUUCUCGCUGGAGUACAGGUACAUGAUUACCAGCCUGGACCGCACCCACGCUGGCUUCUACCGCUGCAUCGUGCGUAACCGAAUGGGGGCCCUGCUACAGCGGCAGACUGAAGUCCAGGUGGCCUACAUGGGGAGCUUUGAGGAAGGCGAGAAGCGCCAAAGUGUGAACCAUGGAGAAGCUGCUGUCAUCAGAGCACCUCGCAUUUCCAGCUUCCCCCGGCCACAGGUGACCUGGUUCCGUGACGGACGCAAGAUCCCACCCAGCAGCCGCAUAGCCAUCACCCUGGAGAACACCCUGGUCAUCCUGUCGACGGUGGCUCCCGAUGCUGGCCGCUACUACGUGCAGGCGGUUAAUGACAAGAACGGAGACAACAAGACCAGCCAGCCCAUCACUCUUGCCGUGGAGAAUGUUGGGGGACCCGCUGACCCCAUUGCACCAACCAUCAUCAUCCCACCCAAGAAUACCAGUGUCGUGGCUGGGACCUCGGAGGUGACCAUGGAGUGUGUGGCCAACGCCAGGCCUCUCAUCAAGCUGCACAUUGUGUGGAAGAAGGACGGGGCUCCACUCUCCAGUGGCAUCAGCGACUACAACCGCAGGCUCACCAUCGCCAACCCCACGGUCAGCGACGCCGGCUACUACGAGUGCGAAGCCAUGCUGCGCAGCAGCAGCGUGGCCCCUGUCACCCGGGGCGCCUACCUCUCGGUGCUGGAGCCACCUCAGUUUGUCAGAGAGCCUGAGAGACAUAUCACGGCCGAGAUGGAAAAGGUGGUGGACAUCCCCUGUCGAGCCAAAGGGGUACCGCCUCCCUCCAUCACCUGGUACAAGGACGCUGCGUUGGUGGAGGUGGGGAAGCUAACCCGCUUCAAGCAGCGCAGCGAUGGCGGCCUGCAGAUCAGCGGCCUGCUGCCCGACGACACCGGCAUGCUCCAGUGCUUUGCCCACAAUGCAGCUGGCGAGGCCCAGACCUCCACCUACCUGGCUGUCACCAGCAUUGCCCCUAAUAUCACCAGAGGCCCCCUUGACAGCACGGUGAUUGACGGCAUGUCGGUGGUACUAGCAUGUGAGACCUCAGGGGCACCACGGCCUGCUAUCACUUGGCAAAAAGGGGAGCGCAUCUUGGCCAGUGGCUCUGUCCAGCUGCCUCGAUUCACACUGCUGGAAUCUGGCAGCCUGCUCAUUAGCCCAACCCACAUCUCGGACGCCGGCACCUACACUUGUUUGGCCACCAACUCUCGGGGAGUAGACGAGGCGUCAGCAGACCUGGUGGUGUGGGCCCGGACACGCAUCACUAAGCCACCCCAGGACCAGAGUGUCAUCAAGGGCACCCAGGCCUCCAUGGUGUGUGGAGUGACCCACGAUCCCAGAGUGACUGUCAGGUACGUGUGGGAGAAGGAUGGGGCCACCCUGGCCGUGGAGACUAAUCCUCGGAUCCGCCUGGACAGAAAUGGCUCCCUACACAUCUCGCAGACGUGGUCAGGGGACAUUGGCACGUAUACCUGCCGGGUGCUCUCGGCUGGUGGCAAUGACUCUCGCAACGCCCACCUGCGAGUCAGGCAGCUCCCCCAUGCCCCUGAGCACCCUGUGGCAACCCUCAGCACCGUGGAGAGACGCGCCAUCAACCUGACCUGGGCCAAACCCUUCGACGGCAACAGCCCUCUGAUGCGCUACGUCUUGGAGAUGUCAGAAAACAAUGCUCCCUGGACCAUACUCCUGGCCAGCGUGGACCCAGAAGCUACCUCAGUGAUGGUCAAGGGACUGGUUCCUGCUCGAUCCUACCAGUUCCGCCUGUGCGCUGUCAAUGAUGUGGGCAAAGGACAGUUCAGUAAGGACACAGAAAGGGUGUCCCUUCCUGAGGAGCCCCCCACGGCCCCUCCGCAGAACGUCAUCGCCAGCGGCCGGACCAACCAAUCCAUCAUGAUCCAAUGGCAACCACCUCCCGAGAGCCACCAGAAUGGGAUCCUCAAGGGCUACAUCAUCAGAUACUGCCUGGCAGGGCUACCUGUUGGGUACCAAUUUAAGAACAUCACAGAUGCUGACGUCAACAACCUGUUGCUGGAGGACCUCAUCAUAUGGACCAAUUACGAGAUCGAGGUGGCUGCCUACAACAGCGCCGGGCUGGGUGUCUACAGCAGCAAAGUCACCGAGUGGACGCUGCAGGGAGUUCCCACGGUGCCCCCGGGCAAUGUGCAUGCAGAAGCCACAAAUUCUACAACCAUCCGAUUCACCUGGAAUGCCCCAAGCCCGCAGUUCAUCAACGGCAUCAACCAGGGCUACAAGCUGAUUGCCUGGGAGCCAGCCCAAGAAGAGGAGGUUACCAUGGUGACCGCCAGACCCAACUUUCAAGACAGCAUCCAUGUGGGCUUCGUGUCCGGCCUGAAAAAAUUCACAGAGUACUUUACCUCGGUCCUCUGCUUCACCACACCGGGAGACGGGCCUCGGAGCAGCCCCCAGCUGGUGCGCACACACGAGGACGUACCUGGACCCGUGGGACACCUGAGCUUCAAUGACAUCCUGGACACCUCGCUGAAGGUCAGCUGGCAGGAGCCAGGCGAGAAGAACGGCAUCCUGACAGGGUACCGGAUCUCCUGGGAAGAGUACAACAGAACCAACACCCGUGUGACCCACUACCUGCCCAACGUAACCCUGGAGUACCGAGUCACGGGCCUCACAGCACUCACUACCUAUACUAUAGAGGUGGCCGCCAUGACCUCCAAGGGCCAGGGCCAGGUGUCGGCCUCCACUAUUUCAUCUGGUGUGCCUCCAGAGCUUCCAGGGGCACCCACCAACCUGGGCAUUUCCAACAUCGGCCCACGAUCCGUGACCUUGCAGUUCAGGCCUGGCUAUGACGGGAAGACGUCCAUCUCCCGCUGGGUGGUGGAGGCUCAGGUGGGCGUGAUCGGGGAGGGCGAGGAGUGGUUGCUCAUCUACCAACUCGGCAAUGAGCCUGACGCCCGUUCCAUGGAGGUGCCGGACCUCAACCCCUUCACCUACUACAGCUUCCGCAUGCGCCAAGUGAACAUCGUUGGCACCAGCCCACCCAGUCAACCUUCUAGAAAGAUCCAGACCCUCCAGGCGCCCCCAGACAUAGCUCCAGCCAACGUGACUCUGCGCACAGCCAGUGAGACCAGCUUGUGGCUCCGAUGGAUGCCCCUCCCAGAAAUGGAAUACAACGGCAACCCUGAGUCGGUGGGCUACAAGAUCAAGUACGGCCGCUCUGACGGCCACGGCAAGACGCUGAGCCACACGGUACAAGACCGAGUGGAGCGAGAAUACACUAUUGAGGACCUGGAGGAGUGGACAGAGUACCGCGUCCAAGUUCAGGCCUUCAACGCCAUCGGGAGCGGGCCGUGGAGCCAGGCAGUGGUGGGCAGGACCCGGGAGUCAGUCCCAUCCUCUGGCCCCACCAACGUGUCGGCUCUGGCCACCACCUCUAGCAGCAUGCUGGUCCGCUGGAGCGAGAUCCCGGAGGCAGAUCGAAAUGGCCUCGUGCUGGGCUACAAGGUGAGGUACAAGGAGAAGGACUCGGACUCCCAGCCCCGGUUCUGGCUGGUAGAAGGCAACUCAUCCCGCAGCGCCCAGCUCACAGGCCUGGGCAAGUAUGUGCUCUACGAGGUCCAGGUUCUGGCCUUCACACGCAUCGGCGACGGCAGCCCGAGCCACCCUCCCAUCCUGGAGCGGACACUAGAUGAUGUCCCAGGCCCCCCCAUGGGCAUCCUGUUUCCAGAGGUGAGAACCACAUCUGUGCGGCUCAUCUGGCAGCCCCCAGCAGCUCCCAACGGCAUCAUUCUGGCCUACCAGAUCACACACCGUCUCAACGCCACUACAGCCAACACCGCCACAGUGGAGGUCCUGGCCCCCAGCGCCCGCCAGUACAUGGCCACAGGCCUCAAGCCGGAGUCUGUCUACCUAUUCCGUAUCACAGCCCAAACCCGCAAAGGCUGGGGAGAGGCUGCUGAGGCCUUGGUGGUGACUACAGAGAAGAGAGACCGGCCGCAGCCCCCUAGCAAGCCCGUGGUACAGCAGGAAGACGUGAAAGCACGCAGUGUGCUGCUGUCCUGGGAACCAGGCAGCGAUGGGCUCUCCCCAGUACGCUACUACACCAUCCAGACGCGCGAGCUGCCCAGCGGCAGGUGGGCGCUGCACUCGGCCUCCGUGAGCCACAAUGCCUCCGCCUUCACUGUGGACAGACUCAAACCCUUUACGUCCUACAAGUUCCGAGUGAAGGCGACCAACGACAUCGGCGACAGCGAGUUCAGCGAGGAAUCGGAGUCGCUGACCACCCUGCAGGCCGCCCCAGACGAGGCACCUACCAUCCUGUCAGUGACUCCACACACCACCACCUCUGUGCUAAUCCGAUGGCAGCCUCCAUCUGAGGACAAGAUCAACGGCAUCCUCUUGGGCUUCCGGAUCCGGUACCGGGAGCUGCUCUACGAUGGGCUGAGGGGCUUCACUCUUCGAGGCAUCAACAACCCUGGGGCCAAGUGGGCUGAGCUCACCUAUCUGAGCAAGCACAGGCGUUACGAGAUCCGAAUGAGCAUAUACAACGCCGUGGGUGAGGGACCCUUGAGCCCGCCGCAAGAGGUCUUUGUUGGGGAGGCAGUGCCCACGGCAGCACCGCAGAACGUGGCCAUCCACAGUGCCACAGCCACACAGCUGGAUGUGACCUGGGAGCCACCCCCUUUGGACAACCAGAAUGGAGACAUCCAAGGAUACAAGAUUUAUUUCUGGGAAGUCCAACGGAGGAACCUCACAGAGAGGGUGAAGACUCUCUUCUUGGCUGAGAACAGCGUGAAACUCAAGAACCUGACGGGCUACACAGCCUACAUGGUCAGCGUGGCAGCCUUCAAUGCUGCGGGGGAUGGGCCGAGGAGCACCCCGACCCGGGGCCAGACUCAGCAAGCAGCCCCCAGUGCCCCGGGCUCGGUCAAGUUCAGCGAGCUGACCACUACCUCAGUGAAUGUGUCCUGGGAUGCCCCACAGUUCCCCAACGGUCCUCUGGAGGGCUACAGGCUGGUGUACGAACCCUGCACCCCAGUGGAUGGGGUCAGCAAGAUUGUGACAGUGGACGUGAAGGGGAACAGCCCACUGUGGCUGAAAGUGAAGGAUCUGGCCGAGGGCAUGACGUAUCGUUUCCGAAUCAAAGCCAAGACCUUCACCUAUGGGCCUGAGAUUGAAGCCAACAUCACUACGGGCCCUGGAGAAGGUGCCCCAGGACCACCGGGAGUACCGAUCAUCGUUCGCUACAGCUCAGCCAUUGCCAUCCACUGGUCCAGCGGAGAUCCUGGCAAAGGGCCCAUCACGCGCUACGUAAUAGAGGCCAGGCCUUCAGAUGAGGGGCUCUGGGACAUUCUCAUCAAGGAUAUCCCCAAGGAGGUGACUUCCUACACCUUCAGCAUGGACAUCCUGAAGCCAGGCGUAAGCUAUGACUUCCGGGUCAUCGCAGUCAACGACUACGGCUUUGGCACUCCCAGCAGCCCCUCCCAGUCUGUGCCAGCCCAGAAAGCCAGCCCCUUUUAUGAGGAAUGGUGGUUCUUAGUGGUCAUUGCUCUUGUGGGCCUCAUCUUCAUCCUUCUCCUGGUCUUCGUACUCAUCAUCCGAGGUCAGAGCAAGAAGUACUCCAAGAAGACAGAUUCAGGAGGGAAUACCAAGUCAGGAGCGCUCGGCCACGGGGAGAUGCUAAGCUUGGAUGAAAGCAGUUUCCCUGCUCUGGAGCUCAACAACCGUCGGCUGUCCGUAAAGAACUCCUUCUGCAGGAAGAACGGCUUGUACACCAGGUCCCCUCCCAGGCCCAGUCCAGGUAGCCUACAUUACUCUGAUGAAGACGUCACCAAGUACAACGACCUCAUCCCAGCUGAGAGCAGCAGCCUGACUGAGAAGCCCUCGGAGAUCUCUGACUCCCAGGGAAGUGACAGCGAGUACGAAGUGGACACGAACACCCAGAAAGCCCACUCCUUUGUCAACCAUUACAUCAGUGACCCCACAUAUUACAACUCUUGGCGGCGCCAACAGAAAGGCAUCUCUCGGGCCCAGGCCUACAGCUACACAGAGAGUGAUUCCGGCGAACCUGACCACGUCACUGUCCCCAACAGCAACAGCACCCAGCAAGGCAGCCUCUUCCGGCCCAAGGCCAGCCGGACUCCAACGCCCCAAAACCCCCCGAAUCCCCAGAGUCAGCAGAGCACCCUCUACCGUCCCCCCAGCAGCCUCGCCCCUGGCUCUCGGGCACCCAUAGCUGGGUUCUCAUCCUUCGUUUGACAUCAAAAGAGGAGAAAGAAUGGGGAGAAAAAAGAGACACCAAAAUCUUCCUUUGCCGCCUCCCAAAACGCCUGCCAGAAAACACACAAGAAAACCCCACCAAGACAUCGACUCAACGUUUCACCUCCCAAGUUUAUUUUUCCAGAGAUUCCAGGGCCAGCAAAGCCGGGUUGGAGGACGGGCGGAGGGAGAAGAAACCCACAGGCGGACUUGGAUACACGUGACCUGCAAUGGCUUCACAUCCUUGGGGUCCACUUUGCAGUGUGGAGGGCUGGAGACCAGAUAGUCUCACUUCUGCCGAGGACAGAGGGGCUUGGGGCCCUGGAGAGAGUGAGCCAUAAGGCAGGUGGGGCUGAGGGAUCUGAAAGCUUCUAGAGAUGCAGAUGGCUUCACCCCUCACACUUGUGCUAGAUCUCUGGGCUUGCGAUCUUUGCCCCUCUGCAAAAAGGAUGGGUGCGCUCAGAGGCGAAGCCUGCCUGCUGUCUCUGGCUCUUCGUGGCCUUGUCACCCCCCUUCCCUGCCUCGGCAUCCCCCAAGGGCUCAUGGCCCUCGUACAACUUCUUCACCAAGCAUUUGGCUUAUUUUGGAAGAAAAAAGAAAAAUCAAAUGGUAAGAAUCAAUCCACUUAGCAACUUCCUUGUUCCUACAAAACAAUUUUUUUUUUUUUAAUUAUAAGUUCAAAGAAGAGGGCCUAAGGGUUGGGAGAGAAAGAAUCCCUCCACAGCCACAUAACUGAGCCUCCUGUUGCUUAGAUUCACCUCCCAGAAUGCUGAUAAGGAAAGGUAACAUCUGGGGAGUGGAGACCCAAGGUGCUGGCUCCACGCUAAGGGAUGCUUCAGGGAGAUGUCCUGCAGGAAGUCAGAGACGCAAGAAUAAAGCCUUGACUGUUCCUUCUGACCCACCAGCCCAACACUAAGAGAAAGGAAACAAAGGGUUGGGGGCGGUGCCUAGGAUAGGAAACUCAGCGCACCCAGCCUCGCAGGAGGAAGGUUGUAUGUAUGUUCAGAUUAUCACUUUCCUAUGAAUGUACACCUUCCUGCUAGCCCAUGCAGCUGCCCCAUGAACUCGGAGGAAAAGGGGUCCAGGGGCUCCUCUUAAGAGGAUAUCCUGGAACUCUUCUUGCCCAACAACUUUCUCACUUUAAGACCUGUGUAGCCCCGCCCUCUGUCUCUACCACAACAUACAGGGGCCCAGAGGGGCGGUCCAGUCCCUGGUCCUGAGGCUUUAUAAAGAAUCAAAGGUCAUAAGGUUGUGGGUCCCGUGUCUGCUCUACCACAGGGCAUGACCGCUUGGGGAAGCAGAACGCAGGGAGACUGCACUCAUCCCACGCCAUCAUCGCAGGGCGGGUGCUGGGAUGCAGGGAAGUCCCGGGACACCCCUAGCGGGGAGGGGGAGAAGAAGUGCAGUCUGAGGAGUGGGGCAGCCGGUCUCUGGGGCUUCUAGCCUUAGUUCAACCGAGGACCACGCUACCUUUCACGGUCCACUUCCCCACAAAAGGUCACUUCAACUCCCCCUAACAGCUCCCAGGCGGGGUUCAGUGAAGGCAGGGCUGGGAAGGACCAAAGAAGGGCCAGCUGGGAAGCCUUGUCCAAACUGCACACAGCAAUUGAGAUGCGUGGUCAGCCCAGCCAGGAGAGGCGGGUCAGAUAGCAUCAAGGGACAAGAAUAGCUGAUGGAAGGAAAGCUGUUCCUCCCAGGAAAGUUCUGUAAAUAACCAUGGGGGACCUGAGCUUCUCAUCAGCUUUGGCCUUCCAGGCCUUCCAACUCCAGGAUUUGGGGAGGUGGUUUUCUGAUGUCCUGGGUUGACUUAGGCCCUUGGGGACAGUAAUCAGCCUAAAGCUCGCCCUACUGCUGGAAAUGCUUGGCUGCCUCCUUCAUAGGCUUCACUGGGGCAUGUCCAAUUCAAUAAAGGGUCAGAGUUGCUGGGAGUCGGCAGAGCAGUUACUGUUGGCCUUGUUGAGAGGCCCUAGUGGAGAACCUGAAGCCAUUCUCAGCAGUCUCUAGUCCCUGCUAAUUCUCACUGUGCAGAGAAGCCAGGGUCAAAGCCCGAGUUAAGAACAUACUUGAGCCGGGCAUGGUGGCGCACACCUUUAAUCCCAGCAAUUGGGAGGCAGAGGCAGGUGGAUUUCUGAGUUUGAGGCCAGCCUAGUCUACAAAGUGAGUUCCAGGACAGCCAGAGCUAUACAGAGAAAUCCUGUCUCAGAAAAAAAAAAAAAACAUACUUGAGUAUUAAUGUGGUCUCUCCUCCCUACACACCUGACCCCUGGGAUAUUGUAAGAGAGAUGUGGGAAGCCAGCUCAGCAGGCAGGUGACCCAUCUGCUGGGAGUGAACAGUUUGCUUUUCACAGUGACUUCUCUUAGGCAGAUGCGAAGGCUCUUAAGCCAGGAAGCACAGCCUUGUCCCCAAAGGACUACAAAUUGGCAGAGACCUUGCCCCUCCAGGGACACAGGUUUCCCAGGGCUACCUUGACCUUUGUCAGUCAGCUGGACCCCAGCCCCCGCAGCAUCUGACAUCGCCAAAGCCGCACAUCCGCAGAGGCAGGGGCUGCCUGAGUUCACACUGCCACGCUCACUGUCCGUCUGUCCCUUGUGUCUUUUUAAAACAACUCCCAUCUUUUUUUUUUUCUUUUUUCCUCUGUCUUCGGAGGCUUUAACCAUUUAAGGAUGUUGUGAGUUUACAUUAGGGAAUUAUCAGCCCAGCCCAGCCCAGCCCAGCCCAGCCCAGCCCAGCCCAGCCCAGCCCAGUGAGGGAGCUUUAAAGAGGAAGUGGGAAUGUGUUUUUAAAAAAAUCAUUUGUGUGUGUGUGUGUGUGUGUGUGUGUGUGUGUGUGGUGUUGCACAGGAGGCCAAUUUUCCUUUGCCUUUAACAAAUCACCUUGUGCACUGAGGUCCUCCAUGUGUUCAUUGGAACCCGUGCUGGCAUCCUUGGGCACAGACCCACUUGGGCUUGCAUAUAAGCAUAUAAAGAUAUGCACAGAGCAUACAUCUAUGUGUGCUAACAUAGGGGCUCUUGGCAAUGCCCUCUGACGGCCCCUUGGCUGUCUCUCAUCCUCAGGAGGCACGGACAGCCUGGGUCACUUGCACUUGGGGUAUUUGGUGAGACCUAUUACCCAAGCAGCUGAGCACAUUACAAGCUACAACUCGGAGAUGAGCCUAGGGUGAGAGCCUCUGUUUAGGCACUGCCUGCCAGGGGUGUGGGGGGGAAUUAUUAGCUACACAGCCACAGCCACAGCUGGACACCCAGUAGGUGUCCAGCUGCGGAACUCUAGGUUGUUCAAUGAGAUCUUUUGGCCUAUGUUUACAUUUCUGCUGGGCACUGGAGCAUCCCAAGAACUCCACCUAGACACCCCACCAUAUUCUAAGGGUAUGGCAGGCGGGCACCGACCCUGGGUAAGGGGAAGCUUUCAUUUUCCUGAGCCUGUGAGGCCAGGGCUGUUGUCUUGUGACUAUGGGGAACAAGGUCACAGAAGGACACGCCUAGCCCUCUUGCUGUUGCCUCUCUGUGCCCUGAGGAAAUCUGCCCUGUAUUCAGGAGCCCACACUUAGCACGCUGGGACGGCUCUCUCCUCUCCUGGCAGCGCCUGCCUCCUGCAUUCUUGCAGGCUCUGCUCCCAGAUUGCCAAGACUAACCAAAUAGCUGCUCUGGGUUCCAGGAGCAUCUUCCUCCGGAGAGCAACAGGGAGUUUACAACCCCCGCGCUGUUGCCUCUCCUUUCCCCUCUCCACCACAAACCUGACACUGCCCGUGAAUCAGAGGGAACAAGGACACAGCUAGGCUGCCUUGCCAGCCCUUGCUUUUAGAGGCCUUCUGUCAUUGCUGUCCAUGACCGCCCUGGACAGCAUUUCUAAAGGUGCCAGAACCUCACAUUAGACUGCCCCAGGCAGGGGUUCCCCUCGCCUUCUCGAGAGGCACACAGUGAAGGUGCCACCAUAUUCGUGCAGCCAGCCAGCUGGACCAUCACUGGGGGAAAGAGGGGACCCACAGACAGCCACCACCAGCUCCUGAGUGCCUCUGUGGUCCCAUACAGGGACACCCACCCUAACCAACACCUCGAGCACAGGUGCCCCACCCCCUUGGGACAACCCCCACCUUUCUGUUUCCAUAAAAAGACAAAUCCAAAGCAUUUAAGUGUGUUCCUUCCUCCACCCAUAUAGACUCCCAAAACAAAACUCGGUACAAAUCUUUAUUUUUUUGAUUUAAAAGCUAUAAUGAAAAAUUAUAGGGAGAGUAUUCAUUAUGGCAGGUGUCUAUCUGUAAGAAAAAUAAAUAUAUCUAUAUGUCAUAUAGCUUGUUAGCAAGUUUAUUUUUUAAAUGAAAGGUAAGAAAGAAAUUGAUUUGAAAUAUAUACCGCCAGAAGUCCUAUGUCCUGUCAAACUGUCAGUAUUUUAUAAAUAAACUUUUUUUUUGGAGUUCUGAA